AUGCCUCUGAGGCAGCAGGAGGACCUGGAGCCCAGCACGGCAGAGCACAGAGCUCUAGUUCUGACCUUCAAAUACAACCAGGCUCCACUUCCAAGAUGUGUCCCCACAGAGGUGGUUGCUACACACAUGUGCAGGACCCAGGGAUCCACUCACAGGAGAUCGAGACCUGAGCCUUUCCCCAAAGACACCAGGGAGAGCCUGCCCUGGCUCCUGCCCAAGACCCAGACGCCCACGAUGACUGACCCACCGCUGCAGGGAGAACGGGCCCCUGUUCUGGACAGAGACCCAGAGCCCGUUCCGGAAACACCAGGUCCAGGGGAGCCGUGGGCUCUGCAGCGGCGAUCCCUGUCUGCCCCCCGUGGAUGCCAUCACCUCGCUCCCCACCCAGGGGAGAUUCAGUUCACUUCACCUGAGAUUCUGGUCAUCUGUAGCACCUCCCCGAGAGAAGGGUCGGAGCACCACCCCCUGCCCGUGAGGCCAAGUGCAGGCUCCAGGUGA